AUGUCGGAAACCUCACAUCCAUCUCGCGAUCCAAAAAAUCUCAGCGAACCAUUCGCAGUCAUCGAAUUUCUCGAGAAAAACGAAAAAGGGCUACCAUGCAUUGAUUUGGUGCCGAAAAAAUGGUUUAAUAGUGCAGAAGAAGACACCUGUAAAUUCCCACCGACAACUGAAUAUCAUCUACUUGACGACUACUUGGAAAAAUUGCACUCGCCCAAGGACUCUUGGCAAAGUUAUCCAUUUUGCUUCAUCACCGGAGCAGCUGAUUUGGAUCAGGGUCGCAGAAGAUUAAAAAAGGCCCAAGUAACUCUCAACUGUGAGACAACCGAUGGUGAAAAUGAUCGAAAGGGGGGGAGGUCCGAAACUUCCUCGAAAGCAAAAAUUUCAGCAAAACCCUUAACUGCAUCAAAGUCUCAACUAAACAACAUCUUUAGUACUAAAAUCCCGAUUCCACCUAGAAAUCAAACUCCAAAGUCUGGUAUACAAGCAAAACCAAAGACAAGAUUUCAAAGCAUUUACCAGAGUGGAUCUGACUCUGAAGACGAAAAUCAUGAUUGUCUUAUAGCUAAUCCUGAGGAGAUUCGAGCCUCAAAGGCUCAAAAUAAUUCUGGCUUUUUGCAAAUGUCGAGUAAAUCGCGAUCUGUACCAACAGGUGCAUGUUUAUCAUUUAAACAGCGGUCAAGGAAGAAUAUUACUUUGCUUAAAGACGUCGAAACUGAUGAAUCUGAGAGCAAUGAUUCCUCCGAUGGAAUUCUGCAGUCACCUACAAAAUCGAUGGACUCAGCGAGAAAUACAAGAAAAGAACUUCAUUUGACACCUCCUUCACCACUAGUCCAUAACGCUUCAGGUAACCGAAAAAGGCGUGCAUCGUCUACUACACGCGCUGAAGACGGAUUGAAUUCGAUUGUGAGCCCAGGAACUCCAAAAACUUCACGAUCAAUGAUGGUACACCCUGCUAAGAUGCCAAAAAUGCUGGGACCACAAAACCAGUUGUCAUCUAGUCAUUAUGCUGAUAAUGAACGUCGAAUCCUGAACUCCCUUCGAGAUUACUUUGAUCAGCAAUUAGAUGAAAAGCUCGAAAAUUUAAGACGCAGGAUGGCUUACGAUUUAAAGCAGUCUAUGAAUGAGCUCAAGACCACAAUCAUUGGCACUAAUCUAGCCCCAGCUUCUGGUCCUAGCUUGCUUGAAAUACAGAAGCAGAUGUCUACGCCACUACCAUUUGAAAUGGAUGAUAAGUUCCAGGAAUACGAAGCGAUAUUGACAACGGACCCAAAUCUCGUAGAAACACUGCGAUUAUUCAUGAGAGUUUUGAUAAGCAAUAAAAAAGAGAUGAAAAUAUGUGUUUCCACUAUCCUAUCUGCGGUUCUGAGGAAGACAGUGUCACUGCACUAUUCUGGUUACGGAAAGGAAGCUGGCGGAAAGAAAAAGAAAAAUUUUUAUAACACUACAGUAUGCAAAGUGCUGAUUGAUGUGAUAAUUGAGGUAAUAGGAUCCAGCACUGAUGAGAAGAAGAUAAUGUCAGAAGUAAGUACUUGGUUGUCACGUUCUGGCGAUCGAGAGGGUGGGGGUAAGGAACGACAACGCGGGUCAAGUCAUCAUAACGAGAAUAAUUCAGUUUGUUCCUUUGAUACCAAUCGAUAAUACUUCAUUUUUCCGGGAUAAAUGGAAUUGUAAAAUCACUGUGUUAAUAUGACUCCAUUAAUUCAUUUUCGUAAUUGUAUUAGUUGUGAUAUUCUUGAUAAAAGGUACGAUUAAUAGGAAAAGUUUAUAUUAUCAAUAUAUUUUUAUCGCGAGGCGUUUCAUUGGGCAGAAUAUAUAUUAAUAUAUGAAUAUUGUUUAGUAUUCGGCUGUCAUUGAAGUAUUAAUUAUAUUUAUUAUAUUUCUCCUGGCGAGGUCGGAAAUCCAGAAGAUGGAAAUAACAAUUGGAAAAUGUGAUGUAUCUUAGCAUAAUAAAGUAUUUUCUAUGUCAUUUCCUCAUAAGUUAGAUCACGGGAAUAAAUAUCCGUUGUUGGUUCAGGGAUUAAAUAUUAUGUCCAAAAGUUUAAAGGGAAAAAUAAUAAGUGGAUUUUUAAUUUUUAAGAAAAAUUCUAAUGAAAGUAAUUUCAGCCAUUGAGAGCUGUUUUCAGUAUUUGGUGAUUCAAGUCAAAUAAUAUUUAUAAGGUUGAAGUUUCACAAUCGGACUGCGUCCAUAUUCCCCAAAGAUUUCAAAUUUAAGGGUUGAAAUUAAUUAGUUAUAUGUAAUCCUAUCCAAGACUUUUUUAUAUUUCUAAGUUUGUUUGAAAGAGUGAAUAUAAUAAGCAAUAUUAUAUAGAACUAGCACACAAUCAAUGCAACUAAAUAUCAUUCUAUGUUCCGGAGUUGCAGAUGGAGAAGACAUUAUUGUAAAAAAAGGACGUCUUUCCGAGAUGAAAAAAUAAUUCUUAUCAGGAUAAUUCGUAUCAGCAAUUGUCUAUGGAUAUAAGAAUUAAUUCUUAUCAUCCAUAGCGGAAUAAAUUAUCCAUAAUAUUGCUAUUAUAAUGACUGUUUUCAUGCUUGAAUUGAAGCACGAUAAUUUAUCAAUUCUAAACUACUAAUUUAAAAAAUAACAUUGGUGCGUUAUUUUGUUGGAUAUUUUGUUAAUACAAUCUUCGAAUUCUGAAGACUGACUGCUAAUAUUAUUAGAUUGUAAGAGAGAGUUUAUUAAGACUUAAUAUGGUAUGUCGUAUUAAAUUUCGGAUUCAAAUGAUCUACGUAGAUUAUUUAUUUUAAAAGCGGAUGAAAAUAAUCCACAAAAGAUUUUUCUACAAUUUAUACCUGCAAUCAUUUUUUUGAGUUUUCAUAUUCUGUUCGCGGAAAAAUCUCAUAGUUGUGAUUAUCUUUCAUGAAAAUUGGAGAUACAAACACUGCAUAUCUUUAACUGUUCAACCAAAAUCGGAUGAAAACAUGUACUAUGUCGAUAGGAGGAAAAAAGUUUUUGAUUGGCUGAGUUUUUUUGUCAAUAGAUUUAAUAAAUUUAAAUAUAAGUUUUGUCACAUAAUAAAACUGUUUUCUGUAUAAUGUUGAAGGUAAUAAAUACAUGUCUGCUUAUCA